CAGGAGGAGGAGGAGGAGGAGCAGCGAGCCGGGCUGCAGCGGCGCGGGAGGAGGAGCGGCCCCCUCGAGGCUACGUUUUGUUUUUGUUAUUUUCCAUCCGAAUAGUUCUCGCAGGCUUUCCCCCAGCACAGAGCGCGCCGCAGCCCGACGGCCCCGACCUUCCAGGUGACAGCCGGUCACCCUGGUAGGAGUCAGCUCCGCCCCAAGUCACCCCCCUCCCGCCCACAGUCCCAUUCCCCGCCCAGCCUCCCGGUGCCUGCCCGAGGCCAGCGCGGCGGCCGCAGCGGGCUGCAGCGCUGGAGCGGGCGGUGGCUGGGGCCCUGGGCGAGGUGCUUUUACCCUGCAAACCCGCGGCAGAGGAAGGGGGAAGUCGGCCCGGAGGCGCGAGCUGGAGAAAGGAGGAUGUCCAUUUAACCCGCACCCUCCUGCCCGUCCAUUGCUGGGCGCUCGUCUGGGUGCCAGCAGCUAGAGCCUCCGAGCCGUGCCCGGAGAAGUGCCGCAUGGGGCAGGGCCGCUGAAACACCGACUUCGGGGUCUCGUCGCGCCGAAACGGGCGCGGGGGCCCGUUGUGGUAGUUGGCACAGUUUCGGCCCCGCCUUCAAAGCCGCGCUGGGAGCGCGGUGCGCCUGGUCUGCCACCCCGCUGCCCUCGUGAGGCGCGAGUUAUGGAGCCGCCCAGCUGCAUUCAGGAUGAGCCGUUCCCGCACCCCUUGGAGCCAGAGCCGGGCUCACCAGCGCAGCCCGGUUCCGGGAAGCCCGGCGACAAACGCUUUCGGCUGUGGUACGUGGGAGGGUCGUGCCUGGACCACAGAACCACGCUGCCCAUGCUGCCCUGGCUCAUGGCCGAGAUCCGCCGGCGCAGCCAGAAGCCCGAAGCGGGAGGCUGUGGGGCGCCGGCGGCCCGAGAGGUACUCCUGGUGCUCAGCGCGCCCUUUCUGCGUUGCAUCCCCGCGCCCGGCGCCGGGGCCGCAGGGAGCGCUGGCCCCGCGGCCACGCAGCCCAACCCUGCAGUGUUCAUCUUCGAGCACAAGGCACAGCAUAUCUCACGUUUCAUCCACAACAGCCACGACCUCACCUACUUCGCCUACCUGACCAAGGCGCAACCCGAUGACCCCGAGUCACAGAUGGCCUGUCACGUUUUCCGCGCCACAGACCCUAACCAGGUUCCUGAUGUAAUCAGCAGUAUAAGGCAGUUAUCUAAAGCAGCCAUGAAAGAGGAUGCCAAACCCAGCAAAGAUAACGAGGAUGCCUUUUACAACUCUCAGAAGUUCGAAGUCCUGUACUGCGGAAAGGUGGUAGUGACUCACAAGAAGGCCCCCUCCAGCCUCAUCGAUGAUUGCAUUGAGAAGUUCAGCCUGCACGAGCAGCAGCGCCUGCGGCUGCAGGGCGAGCCGCCAGCGGAGCCCGGCGAAGAUCUGGUGGUCUUCGAGGCUGAGUCGCCUGGGUCCCCAGGAGACAGCUUGCCAGAGGAGGCGGAGGGCCUUGCCCACAGCCGCCCCGCGCUGCCCGCCGUGGCCAGCCAGCCCGCCCUGUCCAGCUCGCGUGUGUGUUUCCCGGAGCGGAUUUUGGAGGACUGUGGCUUUGACGAACAGCAGGAGUUUCGGUCUCGGUGCAGCAGUGUCACCGGAGCCCUGCAAAGGAGAGUUCACGAGAACACCCAGAAAUCACAGCCUCGAAGGAGACACGCGAGCGCGCCCAGCCACGUGCAGCCCUCGGAUUCGGAGAAGAACAGGACGAUGCUGUUUCAGGUUGGGCGAUUUGAGAUUAACCUUAUCAGUCCAGACACAAAAUCAGUUGUGCUAGAAAAGAAUUUUAAAGAUAUCUCCUCUUGUUCUCAGGGUAUAAAGCACGUUGAUCACUUUGGCUUUAUCUGCCGGGAGUCUCCAGAGCCUGGGAUGAGCCAGUACAUUUGUUAUGUGUUCCAGUGUGCCAGUGAAUCUCUGGUCGAUGAGGUAAUGCUGACUCUGAAGCAGGCUUUCAGUACGGCUGCUGCCCUACAGAGUGCCAAAACUCAGAUCAAGCUGUGCGAGACCUGCCCCAUGCAUUCUUUGCAUAAGCUCUGUGAGAGGAUUGAAGGUCUUUACCCCCCAAGAGCCAAGCUGGUGAUACAGAGGCAUCUCUCAUCACUGACAGAUAAUGAGCAAGCUGACAUCUUUGAACGAGUUCAGAAAAUGAAGCCGAUCAGUGACCAGGAAGAGAAUGAGCUUGUGAUUUUACACCUCAGGCAGCUGUGUGAAGCCAAGCAGAAGACACAUGUGCACAUUGGGGAAGGCCCAGCGACUAUUUCAAAUAGUACAAUCCCAGAAAACGCAGCAAGUGGUGGAAGGUUCAAACUUGACAUUCUGAAGAAUAAAGCAAAGAGAUCCUUAACUAGCUCCCUGGAAAAUAUCUUCUCAAGGGGAGCUAACAGGAUGAGAGGUCGGCUUGGAAGUAUGGACAGCUUUGAAAGGUCUAACAGUCUUGCUUCGGAGAAGCUGCAACUUUAUCCUCUCUUCUACCUCACAGAUAACUCCCCCCAGGACUACUCGCCAGGGGACUCUCCUCCAGGGACACCACCAGCCUCUCCGCUGUCCUCUGCUUGGCAAGCGUUCCCCGAGGAGGAUUCUGACUCCCCACAGUUUCGAAGACGGGCUCACACGUUCAGCCACCCUCCUUCAAGCACCAAGAGAAAGCUGAAUUUGCAGAAUGGGAGGGCUCCUGGGGUGCGCUCCCCUCUGCUGAGGCAGAGCUCCAGCGAGCAGUGCAGCAUUCUUCCACCAGUUCGACGUAUGCACAAGGAGAAUAAUUCUUCCUCCAGUCUUCCAAGUCUUCACACUUCCUUCUCUGCCCCUUCCUUCACUGCCCCCUCUUUCCUGAAAAGCUUUUACCAGAAUUCAGGUAGACUGUCCCCACAAUAUGAAAAUGAAAUCAGACAGGACACUGCUUCAGAAUCAAGUGAUGGAGAAGGGAGGAAAAGGACCUCAUCCACCUGUAGCAACGAGUCCCUAAAUACUGGAGGAACCCCUGUCACUCCCCGCAGGAUCUCCUGGCGGCAGCGCAUUUUCCUUCGCGUUGCAUCGCCGAUGAACAAAUCUCCCUCUGCAAUGCAGCAACAAGAUGGACUGGACAGGAAUGAGCUGCUGCCACUGUCCCCUCUCACUCCCACCAUGGAAGAGGAACCGCUGGUUAUAUUCUUAUCUGGUGAUGAUGACCCAGAGAAGGUCGAAGAAAAAAAGAAGUCGAAAGAACUAAAGAGUUUAUGGAAAAAAGCUAUACACCAACAAAUCUUGUUGCUUCGAAUGGAAAAAGAAAACCAGAAACUUGAAGAAGCAAGAAGAGAUGAACUUCAGUCCAGAAAAGUCAAGUUAGACUAUGAGGAAGUUGGUGCAUGUCAGAAGGAGGUCUUAAUAACCUGGGAUAAGAAACUGUUAAACUGCAGAGCUAAGAUCAGAUGUGACAUGGAAGAUAUUCACACUUCUCUAAGAGAAGGAGUUCCCAAAAGUCGACGAGGUGAAAUUUGGCAGUUCCUGGCUUUGCAGUAUCGCCUGAGACACAGGUUGCCUAACAAGCACCAACCCCCAGACACAUCCUAUAAAGAACUUCUGAAGCGGCUCACCGCCCAGCAGCAUGCUAUCCUUGUGGAUUUGGGAAGGACAUUUCCUACUCACCCCUACUUUUCUGUACAGCUUGGGGCAGGGCAGCUGUCACUCUUUAACCUCCUAAAGGCCUACUCUUUGCUGGACAGUGAAGUGGGCUACUGUCAGGGGAUCAGCUUUGUGGCUGGAGUCCUGCUUCUGCACAUGAGUGAAGAGCAAGCCUUUGAGAUGCUGAAGUUCCUCAUGUAUGACCUAGGCUUCCGCAAGCAGUACAGACCUGACAUGAUGUCGCUACAGAUUCAGAUGUACCAGCUGUCCAGGCUCCUUCACGACUACCACAGAGAUCUCUACAAUCAUCUUGAAGAAAAUGAAAUCAGCCCCAGUCUUUAUGCUGCUCCCUGGUUUCUCACACUCUUUGCCUCUCAGUUUCCAUUAGGAUUUGUAGCCAGAGUUUUUGAUAUUAUUUUUCUUCAGGGAACUGAAGUGAUAUUCAAGGUUGCACUCAGCCUUUUGAGUAGCCAAGAGACUCUUAUAAUGGAGUGUGAAAACUUUGAAAACAUUGUUGAAUUCCUUAAGAACACGCUACCUGAUAUGAAUACCUCUGAGAUGGAAAAAAUUAUUACCCAGGUGUUUGAGAUGGAUAUUUCUAAACAGUUACAUGCCUAUGAGGUGGAAUAUCACGUCCUGCAGGAUGAGCUUCAGGAAUCUUCAUAUACCUGUGAGGAUAAUGAACCUAUAGAGAAGCUGGAGAGGGCCAAUAGCCAACUGAAAAGACAGAACAUGGACCUACUAGAAAAAUUACAGGUGGCUCAUGCUAAAAUUCAAGCCUUGGAAUCAAACCUGGAAAAUCUUUUAACUAGAGAGACCAAAAUGAAGACUUUAAUCCGGACCCUGGAACAAGAAAAAAUAGCUUAUCAAAAGACAGUGGAGCAGAUCCGGAAGCUGCUGCCGGCCGAUGCUCUGGCCAACUGCGAAACACUGCUGAAAGAACUAAACUGCAACCCGAACAACAAAGCCAAGGCAGGAAAUAAGCCAUAAUCCAAGACGUGCUGUCUCAGCACAAAGUGCUCCUUAGCCUAUUAGAGAGGAGGAGCCCGUGCGCUGCUGGCCCAAGCUGGACACUGAAGCUGGGUGAACCACCCGGCGCUGGUGCUGAGCCCGCCAGCAAGUGGCCCUCGCUCUCAUCAGAGCACGCCCCUCCCAAGCCGUUGUACAUGGACACAGACACUCUUGUUGCUGAACUCUGUACAUAACAUAUGAAAUGGAUCUAAAGAGUUCAUACUUUCAAAUAAAAUGAGUAGACAUAUAUUUAGAGCAUUUUUUUUUUUUUUUUAGUCAGAACUUCAUGAAAUCCACACCAAAGGGAAGUUCAAGUGAAAUUUCCCUUGGACACAUGUGAAGUCUUUUUGUCUUUUUAGUGAAACAAAGCUAGAGCGUCUUUGUAUAUUGAAAUAUACUUGAAAAAAAUGAAUGUAUUUUUUUUCUCCAAAGAACAGCAUGUUUCACGCAAUGGUGGGAAGGUGGAAACGUUUAUGUACCUUCGUGUGUACCUGUCCUAAAUUCUACUGACAUUGUCUGAAUGCGGAAAAUGAGUGGUUGCCAGUCAUGCUGUAGUGAGUGUUUUGGGAAGGUGGGGCCUUUUCGUCCUGCCUGCUUUGUGCCAAUGAGCAUGUUACAUCUUCAUGUAUUUUGAGUCUGGUGAGGCUUUGCUUUAGACCACAAAUAAGGAGAAAGCAGGACAUCGUGGCUGAGUCUGCCCAGCUCAAGGUAAAAAAGAAUGUUGCUAAUUUUUUAGCAAAUAAGACCAGCAUUAUGACUCAGACUGAAAAUAUCAGGCCUUGAAAAUAUAAUUUAGGAUCUAAAUUGUCUGGGUUAGCUUUCUACCUUUUUAUUUAAAUGACUUCUGCAGUUGUCAACAAUUACUUGGUACCCCAGUAACCAAGUGACACAGAUUGGCUAUUAAAAGCCCACAAUUUAGUUCUUUUGACCUUCAAUUUUAGGAUAAGGAAAUGCAAUUAUGAUUGAUUUUUCCUAAAGGGGACAUACUAUGUUGAGAUACUUUUUUUUUUUUUUUUUUGGCCAAUUGACAGAAUCUAAUAAGCUAUUAAUCAUCUUUCCCUUUCAUGGAAAACUUGAGGAGAACUGUGAAAUGUUUAGGAAAAACUGUUGAAAUCCACUGGGAGGAAAGGGGAAAGUGGCACCCAGCCCAACCUAAACCUACAAUUCUGAUUUGGACUCCCAGCUUCCGCUGCCUGCAAAUAGCUCAUUAGAAGACAUUCAUGCAUGCUGGGUAUACGGAAGGGAAGUCGUUUUUCAAAGUACACGUGCAAUUCUCCCUUUCAGAGAGGAUUUUACGAUAGUGCCUCUGAAAAUCAGUGCAGUUUUUUUGCCUUUCCAAACUAUUUAUCGGCACUGCUUUUUGCAGCACUUUGAUUUUUACAGAUGGAUUAUUUGGGGGUAAUUUUCUUCAAAGACAGUUUGUUAUACACAAGCUGAAAUGUAUUACAGAGUUCAAGAGUAAAGCUCUCAAGGUUUCAGAAAAUCGCCAUGAACAGAUGACAGACACACAUGAGACCCUCUUACCGCUGGAAACGGUGAAAGUAGGAUUCUUGUUGAAGAUCAGCCUGCCAUUGAAUCUCAGCGGUUUCUUAAAAGACAAUGACUUGUUUUAGUAAGUCAAGUUAAUAUCUCUUCUAGGUUCUAGAAAAUGCUGAUUCUAGGUGCCCCAUUCACUUGGGGACCAACAAUUGACUAAUAACAAGAUUUCCUGAAAAUCUCUCUUUAGAAGGUUUUUUUUUUUUUUUUUUUUUUUUUUUAAAUUUUCCCCUAUCAAGAGUAAUAUGACAUGGGCUGGGGUAGUAGCUCAGUGAGUGGUAGAGCGCUUGCCUUGCACAUGUGAGGCCCUGGGUUUGAUCCUCAGCACCAUAUAAAAAUAAAUAAAAAUAAAGAUAUUAUGUUCAUUUACAACCAAAAAAAAAUUAAAAAAAGAAUAUGACAAAUAUCAUCUCACUCUAUGGUGAAACAAAUUGCCUUAUGGGUGUGGCGAUACAAGUGAUAGCCAAGAAGUCUUCAAGUUGGGGGAGGAAAGCUUUUUUUUUUGUUAUUCAGUUUAAAGUAAACUUUAUUCUGGAUGUUUAAUGCCAGCAUUAUGAGUUAUAUUAUGGUGUUCAGAGAUUAAGGUGACUUGGAUACAGUGUUUUCUUUUGAAAAUGAAUUUUCUUUCUCAUUUGUGAUUUUUAAAAAUGUCCCACCAGUUAUGCUCCAUGCAUUUUACAUCUUCAUCCGGUUAAUGUAAUGUCUGGUUCGUUUCCAAUAAAUACAUUGUUAAAGUUUUCUUGA